AUGAUAAGCGUGACGGGGAGAUGUAACAACAGUAGUAGCGGUCGUGUAUCGGCGAUGUCCAAAGAGUGCCGGAUUGUAAACGGCGGUGGCGGCGUCGUUGCUGGUGGAUUCGUGAACCAUUGUGAGGAGGUGCUUGAUGAACAAAAUGAAAUGAUAAUGGCCGCGUCCAAGAUCACCGUAGCCGCUGGCAAUAAUCAAGCGGUGGCCUCCAUCAACCACCGCGUUUACCCACCGUCGUCCAAUGAGUCGAGUAGAUUAAAGGAUCUUCAAGGUGCAAAUGUAGAGUUAAUAGACGAGAUUUUAAACUAUGCUCAGCAAGCUUAUAAACGAGUAUUUGAAUUGGAAAAAGAAUUGGAGCAGUACAAACAGAAGUCUACAGAUAGUGAUCAAGGUUUUGCUGAAAUAAGUGCUAGAGUAGAAAACUUGGAUGUUUUGCCAUUCACACCAGUUUCUUCAACAUGUUCGUCUGGUAUAGGAGAUUUGAAUUCGGCUGAACUACAUGAUCACCAAGAACAACAAGACAUUAAACCUAAAAGACGUAGAAUUCGUCAAGCAGCUAUAAAACAACCAAACCCAGAUCCAUUAGAAUCCAAUCAGACAAAACGUCCUAGAACUAGAAAUACACGAGCUAAAUCAGCUAAAAUAGGUAAAAUGCAAGAAUUGUCUUUAAUCACAGCAGACAAUGCAUAUUACACUUGUUUAGGAAAUUAUGAUCCUGUAAAAGAUGAACCAGUUUCCGAAAAUAGUAAUAGUAAUUUAGAAAUACCAAGUUGGAGGGUUAAAACAUAUUCUAGUUGGUAUUCUAUGGAAGGUACAGAAAAUAUGUCUGAUGAUAUAUUUGAAAGCCGGCACUUUAGACUUGAACAAUGUGAACAAAAACGAAAAAGAUGGGAUUUGCAACGAAUUAGAGAGCUAAAACGAGUAGAGUAUUUGAAAGAAGGUCGUAAUAAACACCUUUCACAGAAAUCUGAUGACAAUAAUAAGGAAGAAUUGACAACUUUAUUGCCAAGUCCAUCAAACAUUAAAGCAAUUGAAAUCACAGAUAAAUUACCUGUGUCCGCAUUUGGUUGCAAUUUACAUAUUAAAAAGAAACUUGAGAUAUUUAAAUUUUGUCAUAGUCAAUGGUGUAAUGAUGGCUCUCAAGCACCAAAAGAAUGUAACAUGCGUGAACUUCGUUCUUCUGGUUGUAGUCGGUUUUUUGAUACCUUGUAGGUUAUUAUUUUCAUGUAAUUUUUGUGACAAAAUAAUAGAUCUGGACAUUUUCGCUUGAAACUAUUUGAUUAUUUGUUAUAUAAUGUAUAAAAAAAAUCUUGUAUGUAUAAUUUACUCCCACAGAGAUUAACAAUUGUUGUGAUAUUUAUCUAGUAUUUAGGACAUUUUAUUUUUUUUUUCU